UGUGUUCCGAGAAGCGCGGUGUGAGAAUAGAGCUCUACGAGGGUCCCGGCUCAAGAACGUCUCGGCUCAAGAACGUCUCUGCCUGGGUAACCUCCAGACGUUCUAGCGGGCCACUGCCUCGGGGAGUGAGACUGGACGAAGGGCCGCGAGGCCUGGGCGGUCCUGGGAUCCCCCGAGGCCUUUUGUCUGCAUACAUUACCUCUCUGUGUAUUGUACGCUGAAUUGUAUUGGUUUGUUGAUUGUGAUUGCCUCGCGUGGUCAUUUUGAUUGUUGAUUGUGAUUGCCUCGAGUGGUCAUUCAGUGCAUCCUUAUUCAGUGCAUAGUCAUUCAGUUUGAUCGUUGCCUUUGAUUAUUGCUUGUGAUUCGGUAGUGUUGCCUUCUGUCCAUAGUCAUGGUGCAUGUUCGGAGUUGGCAGGCACGGAUCGCUCGUCGUGCACGCGCAGUGGAACAGAAAGUUGUUGCUCCCACGCGGUAUCCCAUCUCGUUGCAAAGCUUGGUCCCCAUGUCGCACGCGACAGAUGUGCUGCUGGAGUACUUCGCCACCCCCGUGGAGCCCUUGCCAAUUCUUGCCGAAGUCCCUGGAGACACAUUGCAGCCAGCAUAUGUUUCUAUGGUUCUUUCGAGAACAGGUGGGGAAGUGGGUACUUCUACGGAUUCUUCAAUAGUUUCCCCAACAGUUUCUUCAAUGGAUCUUUCUCCCACAGGUGCGGAAGUGGACGCUGUCACGGAUUCCCCAACCGCAUUGGCCUUUUCUACCCCCCAUUUGCCGCUGAAGGAGAGAAAACAUGUGGACAUGAGAACUCAGACGGAUUUGCACAGUCAUGUUGACACCAGCACUCAGACGGACAGUGUUUGUACCUACCCGCCACUUUCCGAGGCCAGCAUUUCUCUUACUGAUGCUGUGGACCUUCAUUGUGAAGUCGGCUGUCAGACAGAGAGUGUUUUUGGAAUGGAGGGAGGAGCUUCAGGAACUGUUCUUGGGAAAGUGACUGAGGAGGCGCGGGAGGAGUUGGAGGCGCUUUCGAGAGCGGAGUUUUCUUCGACACCGAACGUGCAGGCAGAUUCUGAUGUCACGCUCAAUGAGGUAUCGAAUCCUGGUUCUGAUGCGUCUGUCCAUGUCGCUUCUCCGGAGUCGCGCCAGAGGACUCGAGGGAGAGAUCGUGACAAGGUCAAGGGGACAUCGACGUGCUCUCAGGCCACCAUUGCCGAUGUCAAAGCGUGCAUUGACGCUGUUGCCAGCAUCAACGAGUUGAAUGCGAUCCAGUAUUUAAAGAACGGAAUGGAUUUGUUUGAUAAGCUGGUGACAGAACGUGGGUUCCCUACAAAGAGGGCCCAAACAGAUUAUGCUCGGAAACUGUAUGAGAUGCUCCAGAAUGUGCAAGCGACGCUGGAGGAUCUUCUAGGAUUCUUCGAGGUGCACUGGUACUUGACAGGACAAAUGAACCGCGCCGAGACCGCCAAGUUUCUUGAGGUUUCCAAGUGCAGCGAUUACCGAAUAGUAUUCUUCGGACGCCCGAGGAGUUUCGACAAGUGAAAUUCUACGAGUUUCGACGUGCGUGGUUCCUCCGAGGCCUUUUGUCUGCAUGCAUUACCUCUCUGUGUAUUGUACGCUGAAUUAUAUUGGAUUGUUGAUUGUGAUUGCCUCGCGUGGUCUUUUUGAUUGUUGAUUGUGAUUGCCUCGUGUGGUCAUUCAGUGCAUCCUUAUUCAGUGCAUAGUCUUUCAGUUUGUUCGUUGCCUUUGUUUAUUGCUUGUGAUUCGGUAGUGUUGCCUUUCGGUCCAUAGUCAUGGUGCAUAUGCAUUUGUCUGAGCUCUAAUAAUUCAGUGUGUGCAUGUUCAGUUCUUGGCCAGGUCUCCUGGCUCUCAUGUCGUAGUAUUAGUUUCGCCUCAUCAGUGUUCUCACUGUUGUAGGGUUGUUUGUAGUAUGAGUUUCGCAUGAUUUCCUAUCCCAUGUUAAAGCUAACGCUAUUCUGAUCGACGCUGUUCGGGGAAGCUUCGAUGGUGGAAGAUCUUACCUGGGCGUAGGCUGCGGCUGGCAGGUUGAUUUUCAUGUGUGCUCCUCUUCUGUAGUUGGCUAUCCUGCCCUUCUCCCGAGUGGUAUGUGGGAGCCCGACGUGGCUUCAUCCUCUUUCCUCCUCCCCCCCUCGAGCACUAUCACUGCGGCUGAGUUAGAGUCUGCCCGACAACUCCUUUUGGGAGUGGAGGAAUGCUUGCGUUUGGCAGGAUACUAGGCCUCCUUGUGUGGCUAUCGCCUGGGCGGUGACCCGACCCUGCUGUGGCGACACGCAAUGCGCAAAAAACCAAGGUUGACGGUUUACCGCCGGCUCCCAGUCGAUGAGCUAGAGGAAUUCCGGCGCGGGGUGCAGCUAGUUGGCCCACCCAGCCCAGACGGACAAUGUGAUGACCUGGCGUCGGUUUUUUCUGUCUGCUUCGAUUCUGAGCACUCCUACGCGUGCAAGGAGCUCUACGAGGUUCCCGGCGGUGACCAGGUUGGUGUCAAAGCGCACUUGCUAUCUUAGUUCUCUUAGUUUCGUAUUUUUCUCAGUGGUGUUGAGACGGUAAUCGCUGUAUAAACCAGUGGUUACUGUAUGGUCUCUCACUGCUUCUUGCUGUCUCGUACAGCUUCUUUCACCAUCUUUUUGUGUUUACUUUAGUGGGAUUUACGCUCUUGGGCUUUGCUGUACAGCUUCGCUGUUAGUGCGCUCAGCGUUUUGCUCUCAGGCUCAGUUCUGAGUUGCUUUGUGCUUCGGUCUGCCUCCGUGGAGGCUCGAAUCGACCGUCCGCAAAAGACCGCAAAAGACC